AUGGGUGCUUGCUGGGAAGAAACUCGAGUGAAGGAGCUGGCUUGUUCCGAAUCCGUUGAACCACAAGAUCUGAAUGGUAAUGGCGAUAGUGAGGUGAAACGCAUGGCCAGACUAGCGCUGAAAGGCGCACUGUCCUAUACCCUUCACGUUGCUGGACAAUCGCUAACGGCAAUACCACCUUCGAUUCUUCGUCUGUUACCAGUCUUUUGUCAUUAUAGUAACGAUGUUGGUGACGAAGAAUUGUACAAGCAAUGCUUCUCGUUAAUGUCACGACUACUGCAAGCUACUUAUAUACCCGAAGCAAACCUACCAUGUAUCAUGCAAGUAUUCCGACAGAUGCUCCAAUCGCCAUGUUGGUGGAAGUCGAAAGUGACCAUGCUGUGGCUGAUGAAAGUUAUGGUAUUCUCAAAUUUGUAUGUGUUUGCCACUGUACGUGAAGAAAUAGGCCAACUUUUGAUGGGCAGUUUGAGCGAUUGCCAGUUGGAAGUCCGACAAACGGCAGCUGAUACUCUCUCCGGUUUGAUACAGAGCUCAUUCUUC